AUGUCCAACCCCGAUUCGACCUCGUCGUCCACCCCGCCUCCCUCCCACGCCGCCCACAUCCACACCCCGCUCUGCCGUUCCUGCGGCGCGCCCGCCGCCGCGCCCACCCCCGCCCCCUGGUCCGGGGACUCCCCGCCGCCCGCCUACCGCCCCAUCCGCAUGCCCGCCAUAAACGCGCCCACCAACACCGCCGCCAUCGUCCUCUCCCCGGUCCCGCAGCCCCUCCCGGUACCCCCCGCCGCGCCGCCCUUCGCCUUCCAGGCCCCCGCCAAGCGCAUCACCUCCCCGGACGACAUCGCCCGCUUCCACGCCUCCACCCACGGCCGCCACUUCCUCGGCUUCGUCGCCUCGCUCUCCGCCUCCGUCCACGGCCGCAAGCUCUCCGACCCGCUCCCGUCCCCGCCCUCCCCCGCGGUCUCCGCGCUCCUCGACCUCAUCUCCGCGCUCUCCGCCUUCGUCGCCUCCACCCCGCCCUUCCCGCACGGCUCCCGCUACGGCAACCCCGCCUUCCGCCUCUGGCACGAGAAGCUCGCCGACUCCGUCACCAACCUCAUCUCCCCAAUCACCGCCACCGCCGCGUCCCCCUCAGCCCUCACCGGCGCCGAGAUCGAGCUCGCGCCGUACCUGCUCGACUCCUUCGGCAACGGCUCCCGCAUCGACUACGGCACGGGGCACGAGACCAACUUCGCCGCCUUCCUCUACUGCCUGGCGCGCCUCGGGCUCAUCACCGAGGACGACUACCCCGCCGUCGUGCUGCGGGUGUUUGCUGCCUACCUCGACCUCAUGCGCACGCUGCAGGACACCUACCUGCUGGAGCCUGCGGGGUCGCACGGCGUGUGGGGGCUAGACGAUUACCAUUUCCUGCCCUUCGUAUUCGGGGCUGCGCAGCUCAUCGAUCACAAGUACAUGAAGCCCAAGUCCAUCCACAACCCAGACAUCUUGGACAACUUCUCCAAGGAGUACAUGUACCUGGCGUGUGUCAUGUAUGUUAAGAAGGUCAAGAAGGGGCCCUUCGCCGAGCAUUCGCCCAUGUUGGAUGAUAUCAGCGGCGUGCCGCACUGGAAGAAGGUCAACAGCGGGCUGCUCAAGAUGUACAAGGCUGAAGUGCUGGAGAAGGUGCCCAUCAUGCAGCAUUUCCUCUUUGGGUCACUCAUCAAAUGGGAGGAUUGAGGCUGAUAAUCUCUGUGCGUCGAGGCCAAUCUCCAGGGCACGCACCAUGCUCUGCAAGCAACCAAGUACCACCCUCCUCCGUGAUGCAAAGACUGAUGUACAGCGAUGCUGCUCCAUGCCAGUAGCAGACAGACCUAUAGACGUUAUCUUUCCAUCUAUAGCGCCAUGGGCUGCUGGUUACGAGAUGUGUGCUUUCUGCAGCUAGUGCAGUGUAGUGUUCUCAUCAUCACGCUGCUAUCUAUGUUGCUUGAAUUCUUGGACCUGUCCCUAUUCGCCUUGCAUUUCCUGAGGACAAGCUAGUAGUAUGUAGCAGUACCAUUGAAUAACACCCUUCGUUGCGUUGAGGCUUUUGAUGUAGAUGACUGGAGCGAAACAGUUUCUCCGUUGUGUUUCCCGUGACUGCUUACGCCAAAGCUAACCCAGGCAGCUGCGUGUAAAGCUGUGUUUUACCUAA